AUGGCCAGCAAUGAUUCCCCCAAACCACAAUUCCUCGCCCCUCCGGCCGUCACAGCGCUGCGGCAGGAGGCUCGGAAUAUCGAUCCGAAGAUGGUUCGAACAUUGAGCGAUAAUAUGCGAGAGGAACGUGAAGAUUUGAAGGAAGCGGCUGAACAGACAUUGAACAUCAUCGUGGAUAUGGACUUGGAGGGUUGCGUCAAAUGGGUCAGCCCAUCGUGGAGGCAGGUGGUCGGCUCAUCCCCUGAGUCAGUUGAGGGCCACAUGAUAUCGGAGAUUCUGUUGGGCAACAAGGAUGUGUUCCGUGAUGCCAUCGAAUCCAUGAGGCAGGAUGAUUCACGGAGUCGUUUCAUUCGCUUUGCCCUCCAGAUGGGACCGGAUUCUGUUCUGAAGUACGCGCCUGAACCACCCCCGGCGGCUACAGAGAAUCAAGCAAAGACGGAGGACGGUGCUGAGAAGUCCCAGGAGGAAGAGCAUAAUCACAAUGUGCUUAACAUGGAGGGACAGGGAAUCAUGGUCUAUGACCGGACAGAUGACGAAGCUGGCCAUACCAUGUGGAUGCUACGACCGCUUACCGAGCCAAGAGAAGUGACAAUCGAUCUGCCCCCCCUGCUGGUGGAAUCUUUGGGUGUUGGAGCGGAGGUGUUGGCAAAUUAUUUGACCGAAUUGGCUGAGGCUGCAGCAACAGAACCCGAUCCUUCCAAGCAUCCCGCCCCGACCCCCGUCCUCUGUCGCAUCUGCGAACGUCAGAUUACGCCAUGGUGGUUUGAGAAACACUCAGAUCUGUGUCUGCAAGAACAUCGGGCUGAGAUGGAUGUUCAAAUGGCACAGGAAAACCUCAAUGAGCAUCGUCAUGUCAUUGUCAAGGUUUUGGAUGCUUUAGAGGCCCGACAAGGCAGACCUUUCAUCGCCAGUGACGGAAAUCCAAUGCCCCUCCCUCAAGCGGAGUACAAGGGAUUAGCCAUUGGCCCGCCGUCUGCCAGCUCUACUCCGUCGUCCGGUCUAGUUUCAAGCAGUAAUUCAGCGCCCGGCACGCCGCCUCGGUCGCGAGAACAUUCUGCAUCUGGUGCUAUUCCAAACCGUCCCCGCUCAUUCACAGUGCGGAGACCACUAGCCCGCAUCGUGGAACUUGUUCUUGACCUGUGCGACACUUCGCUAGAGAUUAGUAUGCCAAUGAUCAAGGAAUCUUCCCGGACAGACGCAGAGGACUUCCGGACCUUAUCGCCACAAUCUGAAUCGCGGAUAUCCCAGGUUCUUCAGUGGCAAUCUCCCAGCGCUAACACCUUGGAACAGGAGCAGGGUCUGGCCGCUUUGUCGGCAGACACUGAGCAAGUUGCCAAGGCAAAAGUUGAUGCCGUUGUACGUCAUCGCAAGAUUGUCGAAUAUGCCGAACGAAUUCGUAUAGAAUACACAGUGCUAGUCGAGGAAUGCAUUGGCGCAGCGCUAAGCAAAGCGGAGCGCAUAGCUGCUGGUCAGCUCAGCGAUUCCUCGUGCUCAUCCGAUGAGGAGGUGGCGCCCGAGAGCACUGUCGACAGAAAUGUUGCCCUGGGCGAUAGGAAUAGCAUUGUCGAGGAAGAGUCUCUCUCACAAGCCAUGAGCCACGAAUUGAAACAAAAGCCGUAUCCAGCGGCAGCCUCUCCGCGGCGACCGACGUCUGCACUGACCUUGUCAAUGCGCAAUUCACCAGAUCGGUCAUUGCUCUCACAAUCGGAACGUAGACCAUCCUCGGCAGCAGUAUCCACGGGUUCUAACAGCCCAUUGGAAUGUCCUACCCCGCGAUCUCAUAAGAGUGCUGCAGGACUUCUGGGUACAUCACAACCCUCUCGACUAGGCCUUUCCCUAGCGGAGAUUGAUGCUGGUGACAGUAGCGAUAGCAGUUUACCGUCUUCUGUCUUCCCGGGAGCUGUAAGAACGGACUCACCCUCAUCAGACAGGAGCUUCGAUCGAAAGCGCCGGAGCUUGGUACUACCCGGACUUUCAAGUUCUCCUCGUCGGCAGCCUUCUCCCGCUCGAGUUUCAGGCCCGCAUUCCCCGUUGCGCAUGCCGAAACCCCGAAUGUCUAGCGGCGGUGAAAGCCUGCCGUCCCCAAUGGCAUCUCCAUCUGCAUACGCAAGUGAAUUGGCCCUCCAUCACUGCCGCCACCAUCGUCGGCAGUCCUCAGCAACUUCUUCGGAUGUUACGAAGCCACCACCCUCCCCACGCUUGCCUUCGAUGAGCCAACAACAGCCUCGACCUGCUCCAUUAUCCAUCCGCGAUUUUGAAAUAAUCAAACCAAUUAGCAAAGGUGCUUUCGGCAGUGUCUACUUGGUGAAAAAGAAGGCCACUGGCGAGUAUUAUGCGAUGAAGGUUCUGAAGAAGGCCGACAUGAUCGCCAAGAACCAGGUCACCAACGUCAAAGCCGAACGUGCCAUUAUGAUGUGGCAAGGGGAGAGUGACUUCGUUGCCAAGCUUUAUUGGACAUUUUCUAGUAAGGAUUAUCUUUAUUUGGUGAUGGAAUAUCUCAACGGAGGUGAUUGUUCAUCACUUGUUAAGGUUCUUGGAGGUCUGCCCGAGGAUUGGGCCAAGAAGUACAUUGGCGAGGUUGUGCUCGGAGUUGAACACCUUCACAGCCGAGGCAUUGUGCAUCGCGAUCUAAAGCCUGAUAACCUUCUUAUCGACCAAACGGGUCAUUUGAAGCUCACUGACUUUGGACUUUCUCGCAUGGGGUUGGUCGGUCGUCAGAAACGGGUGUUGAAGAACCCUGACGAGUCUGCUCCUGAUCUGCUGAAGCAAAAUUCAUUCCCCCGUGCGAUAUCGAUUGCAUCUUCUCGAUCAGCCUCAUUCGACUUCCAGGCAAGCUCAUCACCCGGCUCUACUCCACUGAUUACCCCGGAGGUGUCUGCCAAUGCCAUUCAGCCAUCUUACUUCAGUCUCAACCAGAGUGGGUUGAGUCGGCAAAGCUCUCGUCGAGCUUCGGGAUACCGCAGCGAUAGCAUGGGCAGCGAUGGUCUCAAUGGAAUGUUCAGGACAUUCUCGCUCAAUGACAAUGCCCACGAACCUCAUGCGUCAUCACCCAGCAUGUUUUCAACCAGCAUGGUUGAAGAGGAGGGUCAAAGCGAAGCUGGCGAGUCACCUCGCCUUCAGCCCCUGCAGUCAACAUUUAGCAAUCCAAUGGCGCAGAAUACCCCUCCCCAGCAGAGUAUGAUGCCUCCCGUGAUGGCUCUUUUUGAUCCUGAAGAUCACGAUCGCCGUUUUGUCGGCACCCCUGACUAUCUAGCCCCGGAAACUAUCAAUGGCGUUGGGCAAGAUGAGAUCAGUGAUUGGUGGUCAUUGGGAUGCAUCAUGUUCGAAUUCAUUUUUGGGUACCCACCUUUCAAUGCGGAUACCCCAGACCAGGUGUUCGAAAACAUUCUCCAUCGCAGGAUCAAUUGGCCCGACGACCCAGAAGAAUUGACUUCACCAGAGUCGUUGGAUCUCAUGAACAAGCUCAUGACUCUCAACCCUCGUGACAGAAUUGGAGCCAACGUGGAAGAGAAGUUUCCAAGUGGCGGUGCAGAGAUUUGCAGUCAUCCUUGGUUGUCUGACAUUAACUGGGAUACACUGCUAGAGGAUAAAGCACAAUUCGUUCCCAAUAUUGAGAACCCGGAGGACACAGAGUAUUUUGACGCCCGUGGCGCGACUCUGCAAUCUUUUGCAGAAGAGUUAGAAGACGAGAACUCACCGCAACCGUCAGUUGCCGCUGGCCCCGACCGGCCUCAUGACGCACUGUUCAAGGUCCGCUCCCAGGUCAAUUCAUCGAAACGACCUUUGAUGCCGCUACACAUUCCUCCUCAUGUUCGUGAUGCUCGGGAUUCACGAAGUCGAAGGCUUAGCGAACCGGCGUUGGCCGAUGAUUUUGGCAGUUUCAACUUCAAGAAUCUUCCGAUGCUGGAGAAGGCCAACAAAGAUGUGAUCCAGAAGAUGCGUCAGGAGGCUCUGCAGGCGCAGCACAGACAAUCCAAUCCAUCGUCUGCCACUCAGGCGUCCGUCACUUCAUCUCAGCCCUCAUUGGAAGGCAGCCCACUGCCCAUGUCACUUCAACGGACUUUGUCACAGAACAAAGGCAAUAACCGACCUUCUUCCCCAUCAGGCUUAAUCCAGUUCAGCACUGGGACUAACCAAGAACGGCGCAAGACGUCGGGCUCUUCGUCAGCCUCCUAUCAAUCAAAUGGGACAUUCCAGCCUUCCUCUGCCGACCAGGGGCGCAUGCCAAAUCUUAGACUGGGUUCGAUGGCAUCCUCUCCUGUCAAACCGAACCGAAUUCCAGCCCAUUCCCCGGACAAGGUGGGGAAUAAUCAACGCCAUGGCAGCGUGCCAGCGAGCCGCACCCGAUCGCACACUAUUGGCUCUCAGGAUGGAGAUGUUCCCUCGUUCCCGAAAGAACCCUUCGUGCCGCAUCAUCACAAGCGCCGGAGUCAACUCUUUGAUAUCUCGCCUUCGUCUUCUGAUAACGAGGAUCCACGCACCAAAGCACUCUUGAAGGUCCAACGUCGGCGACAAAGCUCUCGCCGGUUAUCGCAAAUCAAUGUCCUCGAAGGGCCCUUUUUCCGGCCAUUGGAUGUGCUCAUUUGUGAAGAUCAUCCUGUCUCGCGGCUCGUCAUGGAACGCCUAUUCGAAAAACUUCGCUGCCGGACUAUUACCGUUACAAAUGGCGCGGAAGCUGUCAGAUACGCGCUCAGCGAGGUUCAGUUCGAUAUAAUUAUGACUGAAUAUCGACUCCCCCAAGUCAACGGGGUUGAUUUUGCUCGAAUGGUGCGGGAGACCCGUAGCGCUAAUAGGCAUACUCCGAUAAUUGCUGUUACGGGCUACUUGAAAGACCUUCCGGAGAAUCACAACUUCGAUGCCCUCAUUCAAAAGCCUCCGACCCUACCCAAGCUCACCGAGGCCCUUUCCCAGUGGUGCAUGUGGAAACCUCCUCCAACGGACUACGUCCCCUCCCAACCUGUUCCUGUUCCGGGCUCUGAGGCUCGGUCUAGCGCCGUGACAAACGAGGAUAGCCCCAGUUCCGCAUCUUCUGGAUUCGCCCUCAAUCCCCCCAGCUCUUACCGGGGAUCCAGCCGCGAUGAUUCGCUCAGCAGUAGUGUCUUCGGAGAUAUGGAGUCUUUCAAGCCCGAGGAGAUUCCAGUAAUCAUCAAUCGAAAUUCUGAUGCUUGGGAUCAAGGCCACGGCGGAUUGGGGAUAUCUGAAGAACCAGCGGAACACCCUGGGAGCCCAAGCCCAAACGCUGUACCCCUGCCCCACCUUCUCCAUGCUGCCUCGGCACCCGCGGCCAUGGAUACAACCGGUGGGCUCACACCUCGGAGGCAACGGUCAAGUGAAGCCAUCCGUGCGAAAAAGGAAUCCCUUGAGCAGAAGCGGUAUGAGGGCGCCGAAUCGGGCGACGAUGAAGACGAAGAGCUUGGCAAUUCGCAAACCCGUCGCAGCCCACCCUCUCGAAACCGCCGUCCUGGUUCUAAACUGGGGAUCGAGAUGAUGAGGACCAAUAGUCGGGGCAGCGUUGUCAGUGGCAGCGAAGAACUCUUGAAGAAGGAGAGGGAAGCUUUUCGUAACCAAGCCGCGGAGUCCGCCAAUAAUGACGACAGCGAUGGCUCUUUAGGUUCCCCGGCCAGUACGAGCCUAGAUGAUCGGUUCGAGGCCCUCAGCAUUCCUGAGGAAUCGGAAGGCGAAGAACCACCCAGCCCUCGUACGUCCCCUUCAAGGUUUACAGCAUCUGCCUCUCAACACCACCGGCCAUCUCUGGAGCAUCAGGAUACCUCGAUCUACUCUGGACAUUCCCAGUGUUGUGCAUCGACGAGUAGUCCAGCAAUGUUGAGUCAGGGUCAAACCACACCCCCAUGGGACUUACCCCAGAGCACUCUUUCCCAUCCCAUUGGCCCACCGAUCACCCCUGAGGUCAAAAUCUCCGGCAGCGGGCUGACCCGAGCCGCUGAUUCGAGUGUGGACGCCGACUGUAGUCCCACCCCGGACGCUGAAGCUACGCCACGACCUCUUCACCCUUCCCCCAACCUUGAUCCGGAGGAGACGCCUCGUCCAGCGGAGCGACAUCGCUCCGACUUGGGCUUGACAUUCAAAAGAUAG